AUUAAACAUCUUACCUACCUGCUAUUUACCGGCGAAAGUUUGUGUGAACUGUCAUUCAGGGCAGUGAUCUUUCAACACUGGCGCCGCCAGUACUGUUUGAUUUUGUGUUCCCUUCUCGACUGAAUAGUUUGAAUUGAAUUCAGGCGCUGUUCCGACCUACCAAUCGAGCAUCCCAGUUAUUAAUAAAUGGUUAUGAUAUUGAUAUGAGGAUUGCAUAGUUAUUCCCCUUUUAGAACCAUUAGCCAUUUUUGUGUCAGUUCAAGCCGAUUCUUAGUAUUUACAAAGAAAGAAAAACACGGGUAAUAGUAUACUAUUAAAGGCCAGGCGAGAGAGGCAAAACAAACAACAACAACAACAAACAUUGAAGCACCUGAGUCCGAGUCGGAUUAAAGAACAUUUUGUCAUGGAGCGCCUGUAACGUCAGACACAGUCAAAGAGGAAGGCAUAACGUUCAACUGUUGAAGUACCAAAGUGUGUUUGAAAAUACUCGUGAAAACUGCAUUGAAACGCCACAUGGAGCAUGUUACCGUGGCAUUUCGUAUAUAUUGUGUCAUACUUACAUUUGAAUAUGCAUCAAGCAUUGCUCCCUUGCCAAAGGUGAUAUUGAUAUCAAUGGAUGGAUUUAGAUACGAUUAUCUUGACUUGAUACCUCCAAAUGAAGCUGAACAUUUCCGAUAUAUGAUCAAAAAUGGUGUGAAAGCAAAAUCAAUCAUGAAUGUUUUUCCAACUGUUACCUAUCCGAACCAUUACACUUUGAUUACAGGAUUAUAUCCGGAGAGUCAUGGAAUUGUUCAUAACCGAUUUCUCGAUACUUAUUGGAACGAAUAUUUCGUGUAUAAUGAUAGAAGAGACAAUGUUGAUCCAUUCUGGUAUGAUGUAGGUGCUGAACCAAUUUAUGUGACAAAUAAGAAGGCAGGCGGUUCUUCGGGCUCUGUUGUGUGGCCGGCUGGCAUUGGAGAAGUGAAAGGAAUAAAACCAGAUAGGUUAAUCCCUGAUGCAAACUCGUUUACAGAAAUAAAUAGCACAGAACGUGUGGAUACAUUAAUUAAAUGGUUCACAGACAAGAACAAUCCAAUUAACUUGGGUCUUCUAUACUUCCUAGAACCAGAUGAAACAGCCCAUGCCUCCGGUGCUGGCUCUAAGAAUGUUACGGACAUAAUAAAGGGUGAUUUAAAUGACGCUUUAGGGUAUUUGUUUAAGAGAUUAAAAGAAGUUAAUUUGUUUGAUGAGAUGAAUAUCAUUUUGACAGCGGACCAUGGAUUUGCCAAUUAUUCAAAGGAAAAGACAGUGUUGCUAGAUAGAUACUUGAAUGCUUCCUGGUAUAAAACUGGGGCUGAAGAUUUUGGAAGAAACGGCAACCAUAUAAGCGAAAAUAUCUUCCCAGAAAAAGGACAAGAAGAAAAUAUAUUAAAUACGCUUAGCAAUAUUAAAUACUUAAAAGUCUACAGGAAAGGUAACGAUGAUCUGAUCAGUCUACAUUACAAUUCUAGUGACAGAAUUGCUCCAGUUGUUAUUACUGGGUCUGAAGAGGGCGUAACUAUAUUUCCUACUGAGGCCGAUAGGGACUGGUAUACAAAUGGACUUUUCGGGGUACAUGGAUACAAUCCUCGUUUGGUUGCAAACAUGCGACCAUUCUUUAUAGCAAUGGGUCCAGCUUUCAAAAAGGGUUAUUUGUCAGAUCAGUUUAACUCGGUGGACAUAUACCCUUUGAUGUGUCAUGUAUUAGGUAUCGAACCUGCUCCAAAUAAUGGCUCUUUUGACAAUGUGAAAGACAUAUUGCGAGAGAAAUCUACUACAGACAGAUUAUCAAUAACGAGGAUCGCAUUUCUAAUCUUUGUGGGACUUGGUAUAACAUUGGCUGGAAUAUACGUUAUCUGUGUUUGUUGUGAUAUCAAAAACAAAUCAAGGUUUCUGUUGCAUGGCAACAACAGGGCUUUUGGAGUUGUUACCUCCCUUAGGUCUUCAACACGCCAUUUGCUCAACAGUGAUGAUGAAGACGACGAAUUUUAGCAUUGGUUUAGUGUGUUCGUUUAUUAGUGAUAUUAGUUAGGUACUUACAUCACGUGUACAUUAUUAUUUUUUUCAAGUUCUAUUUGGAAAAGAGGUUCCUUUGAAAUAUUUAUAUUAAACCGGCUGAGCAGAUGUCCUGUUCAGCUUACAUUACCAUACAAUUAUGGGAAAAUAAAGUGCGCCAUUUUUAGUAAUUAUUUUCCAGAAAGUGUCAAUUUUAGCAGUUUAAUUAUAGCUAUAUUUCACUUUUUCCAUCAUGUUCAUGUAGUAAUAGAAAUACACUUGUUUUAGUGCCUUAGCUACUCGUAUAUUUUUUUAUAUUUGAAUUGGGUACAUAUGAUAAUAGGGGAGACCGGGGCUAGUUGGUACACUUUUUAGAUUUUUUUGGUGUACGAUCCAAACUAAUGCACCGAUUUCGGAUUCGAUACUGUUUUUAGAAAGCUCAUUUUGUCAACAAUAAAUAAAUGCUGUGGUUCUCCAAAGGGAAGCAUUCAACAGCUUGAAAGGUUCGGUUGAAUCAGCCAGGUCGAAUGUAGCAGUUUACAGUUUUAUUUGGCAAAUCAGCAAAUCAAUGCCUUUGGCCAAUUAACAUAAACACAAAUUGAAUAUGGCCAAGACAUACAUACACAUACAUAAUACAGGCAUAUUUAUAUACAUAUUCAAUAUAACAUGGAGUAGAGACUAUCGUGAUAGACAUAGUUCUUAUUUGUCGAUACAUUUGUACUACAAACUUAAGAAGCAGCUAUGCGCUCAAGGGUUUCAUUUCUACGCUUAAACGCAUCCUUUAAAUAUUUUGCAGUGUUAUACAUAGAUUUUUUAUAUGUAGAAGAAAGUAUAUUUACAAAUUUUUGUAUCGUUGGCCAAGAUAUAUUUCCAAAAUAUUUUCUACGUAUAUCCACAUAAAAAGGACAACAAAGCAGAAAAUGGUAUUCUGAUUCAAUACAAUUUAAAUUACACAUUUUACAUAUUCUUUCAUUUCUAACGGUACCUACGAAUCUACCUAAUUCGAUUUCUAACUUGUGAGAGCUUAAUCUGAAACAACUUAAUUCUUUUCUGAAUCCUUCAUUUGUUAAAACAUCAAUAUAUUUUUCAAAACAAAACUCUAUUUUGAAUUUACUAUAAUAAUCUAACUUUGACAUUGAUUGGACAGAAGCACGCCAGUUUUGAAUAAACUGGUCGCAAAUGCGUUGUUUAAACAUUGGCAAAUAGUUUACAUUAUAAUCAAAAUUAUUCCAGAUAUCACUAUAACCAAGACUGUCUAAUAAACGCUUGAUGGAUUUUGCCCAACAGUUAUCGUUACUGUUAUUACACUGUUCUAUAAAAAUUCUAUACAUAGGAGAGUUUGGAUUUUGCAUUAUUUUUAACCAAUAUUUUAAUGCUCUUUGUUUACAGAUAACUGAUAAAGGGAACCUUCCCAGUUCCCCAUAAACUGCUAAAUUUGGGAUCUGUUGACGAACUCCAAGUAUUGUUUUACAAAACUUUAUGUGCAACUUGUCAAUUUCUUUAAAAUCAUAUAUGCCCCACACCUCAGAACAGUAUGUAAGAAUUGGUACAACCAUGGUAUCAAAUAAAGAAAGUUUAGUUUUCACAUCUAUGUGUACACGAGUGAAUAAUGAUAAUAAGCUACUAUAUGCCUUAAGGGCCUGUUCUGAGAGCACUUUAACAGCAUUUUUCAUUACACCAGUAUACAAAAAAUCAGCUCCUAAAUAUUUAAAAUGAUCUACAACUUCAGUUUGUUCACCAUUUAUAAACCAGUUAAAAUUAUGGUGGCUUUUUCUUUUUUCGAAUACACAAACUUUGGUUUUUUGAACGUUAAUCUUGAGACCCCAUUUUUCUGAAUAUGUAUAGAUAAUAUCUAACUGAGCUUGCAGGUUAUUCGGAUCAGUAGUAAACAAUGCAAUAUCAUCAGCAAAUAAUAACAUAUACAUAGAUAACUGGUUCAAAUCAUUCUUUGUUAACUUAUUAAAAUCUAAAGUAGUGCUUAUAUCGUUAAUAAAGAGUAUAAAAAGUAUCGGUGAGAGUGGUUCCCCUUGUUUUAAUCCAAGCGUGACAUCAAAGAACUCAGAAAAUUUCAUCUCAGAAGACAUUCUUACACAUGCUUUAACAUUACUGUAUAUAGAUUU